GAUUUAGUAAAUUUGAUAUAACGUUACGAACUUUAAUUAUGAAAAUGUUACAGAAAUAACCUUUAUUUUGAAAAACUUCUCUGCUUAGUACGUUGCGUUCACAUCUUAACAGCAGCGGCUCGAUGCUGGCGAUUCCUGCUUUGAGUCGUUAUCGGGCUUCGAAGAGAUAAACCGCAAUUUGAAUACGAGAGUAGGGUUGGCAUAUCCCAUCAACAUCCCUUCACUAAAGCAUGGCUGAGCCUGAGCUCCUCCUGGACUCCAAUAUUCGUCUUUGGGUUGUGCUGCCUAUCGUGUUUAUUACUUUUCUGGUUGGAGUGAUCCGCCAUUAUGUUUCAAUUCUGUUACAAAGUGACAAGAAGCUCACGUUAGAGCAAGUUUCAGACAGCCAGGUUCUUAUCAGGAGCAGAGUUUUACGGGAAAAUGGAAAAUACAUCCCCAAACAAUCUUUCUUGAUGAGAAAAUUCUACUUUAAUAAUCAAGAAGAUGGCUUUUUCAAGAAGACCAAAAGAAAGGUGGUCCCACCAUCUCCAAUGACUGAUCCCAGCAUGUUGACGGACAUGAUGAAAGGCAAUGUGACAAACGUCUUGCCUAUGAUCCUUAUUGGUGGUUGGAUCAACUGGACCUUCUCUGGGUUUGUCACAACAAAGGUACCGUUUCCCCUCACACUCCGCUUCAAGCCGAUGCUGCAGCAGGGAAUUGAGUUGCUCUCUCUAGAUGCCUCCUGGGUGAGUUCAGCAUCUUGGUAUUUCCUGAAUGUCUUUGGUCUCAGGAGCAUGUAUUCUCUGAUUCUUGGACAAGACAAUGGUGCAGAUCAGUCUCGCAUCAUGCAGGAACAGAUGAGUGGUGCUGCAAUGGCAAUGCCUGCUGACACAAACAAAGCAUUCAAGGCGGAAUGGGAGGCUCUGGAGUUGACGGAUCAUCAAUGGGCCUUAGAAAAUGUCGAGGAGGAUCUGAUGAGUAAGGACUUGGAUUUUUUUGGGAUGUUCAGCAAAGAGUUGCCAACAGGCAUCUUCUAAGUGCACUACUGAGAGGUUUUGGAGGACCUCACCGAAAUAGAAGAGUGAAUUGUCAGACUGGGUUUGGAAGUGGCAAGUCGCUUCCAUUCAGAUUUUUUCUUUUUCUAGAAAGUGUCAUAAACCUCAUUGCAGACAUAUCACAUUUUGUGUAAUAUGCAUGCACCAUUCCCUCCAUUGUUCAUUUUUGCUCUGACAUAAGUGUCAUUGUGUGACAAAGCUUUGCUCUUUAAGCUUUAUGGGUUAUCUCUUAAGACUGCAUUCAUACAACGCAACAGAAACCGUGCACCUAUUAUGUAGCAUGUGGUCUGGUUUUCUCGAAAACAUUCCCUUUGAUUAUUGCUAUGUCGUCUUUAUUUUUGUUUUAACACAAUUUUAUUCAUUUUUGUUGUUUUAAGAGCCCUGCUUUCUUAUUUUACUAGGACCAUAUGAUUUCUUGGACCACGUAGGCAAAAAGGAAGUUUUAAGAAAUAAUGUAAUUUUAAAAAGUGGAUCAGACCAUAACUUAGGUUCAGUUACCUAAAUAGUAUGUUCCUUAAUUUACUGUUGUUUUAGAGGCUUUCUUGUGGUGCCAGUACACCAUGCACUGAGUAUGUAGCGAAAAAAAUGUCAGUAUUCAGAAUUUCAGUAGAUUUUCCUCAUUAGAUAUUAAGAUUUAUUGGCAUGUUUAAUAUAUUUAUUUGAGUUUUAUUAAAUGCAAUUUUUGGUUUAAAUGUUUCUCACUACA